UAAGGCAGCAUUCAUGAAGUGGACGGGCGCAAGUUGAUUGAUCGGUAGUUGCCACAAAGACCAGUUCAGUAGCAGCAAGCAUAACAUCAUUUUUACUAAGGCCAGUCUGAAAACGUUUGCCUGCGCUGACGGUAACAAAGCUCGAGCGCUAUUUUCUAUGAAGACGUCCAUCUGAUGACCCAUCUUGCCACCUCACUCGCGACCUCGAGCUCUGGACAAUGUCCAUCUACUCACAGUCGGUUUGAAUCGUAUCAGUUCUUUUGAAGUACCUUGAAGUUAUCUCAUCAUGCUCCUGUGCGAAGAUGUACAAUUCUUGGAGCUUUUAGAAGGUACUCGAGCUGGAGACCUCGAAAAAGUUGCUUCAUGCGUCGAAAAUUACAACUGCAAUGUCAACUGUGUAGACAAGUACGACUAUUCGCCUCUCAUUCUUGCAAGCUUAUGUGGUCAUAUACACAUCGUCAAGUAUUUGCUGGAGCAUGGCGCUAUUCUCGAGCGAGACACCUUUGACGGCGCUCGAUGUCUAUAUGGCGCUCUUAACGAUGAAAUUCGUAACUUGUUGCUCAAGUACGAUGCAACCACUUCAGUGGAUGUCUUGCAGCCCUUUGCUGCGCAUCUUUCUUCGCUUCUAGGCGGUAAUGCUCCCUUUGAUGCGUCUGAUAUGUGUUUCAAAUCGUCCAGUUAUGCUUGUCGAGCACAUCGAUUUGUGCUUGCAGCGCGCUCAAAGUAUUGCCGUGAGCAAUUACGUGGCAAGUGGCAGUCGAAGACAGACAUUGUUUUACCAGAGGAAGAAGUAGACGCCUUCAACUUUGCCCUCAAAUGGAUCUAUGUGGAUCAAUUCGAUGCCGACUUGACGGCUGUGGAACUCCGUCAACUGCUGACCCUUGCCGACAAGCUUUGUUUGCCAGACUUGGCCGACUACUUUUUGAAUGAUACGCUCGGUAAGCGUGAAAGGCGAGCGCUGCAGACUCGCAAAGCCCAGGAUGACAUGGAAGCGUUUGUCAAGAACGACGUGAUUGGCAGAUCAUGGGUCGUUGAUGCACCACUUUCAGAAGCAGCCACAGAGGCGCGGAGGGUAUUGCGCGAGAGCGACUUGUUCGCUGAUGCUCUACUCGCCGUGCCGACCCACGACAAGUCCAGCAGAGUCUAUGCUGUGGCCAAAAGCGAACUCAUCAAGUCGGACUUUUACCUGACAUCCUUCACCUCUGGCUUUGCAGAAAGCACAGACGAGGUACCGUAUUUCACACUGGAUGUGAGCAGCGAGAUUGCAGAGAUUGUGCUACACUUCCUCUAUGUCGACCGUGCAGAGAUUCCUCGACAUCUGGCGCUGGACGUGCUCGAGACUGCAUCGUAUUUGCUUAUGGACAAGGACAGAAGUCUCAAAUCUCUGGCUGCCAUUGCCGUCACCAACAGUGAUGACCUACCUCCUGGAACCGACAUUUACCAGAUACUGCGUACUGCUUGGCUGACAGAGUCUCCUCGACUCGAAAAUUAUGCUGCUAAACACAUUGCUCAUCACUUUGAUAGAUUUCUGUCUGAGCAAGCAUUCAAGGACAUUGUGCAAGAAUCAGCAGCGCGCAUCAGCAAUCGCCAAGAUACAGAUACCAUUGAGCUGGUCGAUGACAUUCGUUACUACCUCUCUGAAGCUUAUGGCAUCUAUCUGGAAAUGAACCCCGUCGAAGAAAGGCAGCGUGGUCAAGUUAUUAAGGAGGAUCAUUGGGUGCCCCUGACGGAAUAUGAGCUGGGUUACAAUCAGCAGCUCGCCCGACUCGAUCAUCUCCUUGACUCGCUCUCACUUCAAGCAUGAGAUUUUAUCAGAAGCUGCAUGUCCUUUGCGGCAGCCCUGUGCGCUUUGGCGUACUCUGACAGAUGCCUUCUAUUAGUGAGCCCGCGGAGGGUGCGCUUGCAACCAAGAUUUUCCGAAGACCGGCGGGCGUCGCACAUGCAAC